ACCCAAUCCCGACACACCGUCACCAACUCGCCAUAAUGUCUAGCAAAGAACUAAAAUACUGCUUUCAAAAUGUGUCGGCCGAGCGACUGCGUUCACUGAUCAAUACAAUUUGCGACGUCUCUGAUGAGACACGAGCAAUUUUUGAGCAGGAGCUCCUCACACAAGAGCAAGGUGCUACUUUGCGCAAAACCAAACCCGGGCAGCCGAGAUACCUGAAAUGCGAAAACUGUGAAAAGGAAUUCGACGUCACGGAAAAUAUAAAGGACAGCUGCAACUACCACGAAGGCGAGCUGGAAACCAAUGAUGACUUUUGGGUCGACGAUGAUCAGUAUGACCACGACCCGAGUUAUCCUCUUGAAUCAGAGCAUCAUCGGAAGACUUUUCCAGAGGGAUUCAUUUGGGAUUGCUGUGAUGAGCAACUUGAUGCUCCUGGAUGCAUUGUUCAGAAGCACGAGCACAAGCUUGAUAAACAACAUGAUAAGGUGGAUGGGAGGGAGGCUACAGGUGAAGACGGACCGGUGGCUAAGAAAGCUAGGAUUGAGUAGAUAUAUUAUGCUCGAUUACAUCGCUAGUACAGGCGGUGAUUGCCAAAAAGGUUCAAUCAAGGUAGAAAAGCUCGGUCAAGGUAGAAAAGCUCAGCUAAGGUAGAGAAGCUCAGCUAAGGUAGAAAAGCUCAGUCAAGGUAGAAAAGCUCAGCUAAGGUAGAGAAGCUCAGCUGAGGUAGAGAAGCUCAGCCAAGGUAGAAAGCUCAGCUAACGUAGAAAGGCUUAGUCAAGGUAGAAGCCUCCUCACCGCAUUGUUUGUACCUGCUCCGAACUUUCCGCUACUGCUCCGAGCUGUGGAAAGAACCACUAUUCAGACAU